GGGUUCCCGGGGGCACUCGCUAAGCACGUGGGUUGGGCUGUCCCGCGCCACAGUGAAGAGAGUGCAGCCUCGGGUUUGGUGGUGUUCAUCGUGGGAAACAAACUAAUAAGGGCCAUGGCGCCGGCGGAAGUCCUGAGCGGGAAGGUGGUCUCUGCGCAAAUAAGGGAGAGACUAAAGAACCAAGUCACUCAGAUGAAGGAGCAAGUUCCAGGCUUUAUACCCAGCCUGGCAAUUUUGCAGGUUGGCAACAGAGAUGAUUCCAAUCUUUAUAUAAAUGCGAAGUUGAAGGCUGCUGAAGAGGUUGGGAUCAAAGCCACUCACAUUAAGUUGCCAAGAACGGCCACAGAAUCUGAGGUGUUGAAGCAGAUCACAUUCUUGAAUGAAGACUCCACAGUGCAUGGAUUCAUAGUGCAGCUGCCUUUAGAUUCUGAGAAUCCCAUUAACACUGAAUUGGUCAUCAAUGCUGUUGCACCUGAAAAGGAUGUGGACGGGUUGACAAGUAUCAGUGCUGGCAAACUUGCUAGAGGUGAUCUAAAUGACUGUUUCAUUCCUUGUACACCUAAAGGAUGCUUGGAACUAAUCAAGAAGACAGGGGUGCAGAUUGCUGGAAGGCAUGCUGUGGUGGUCGGGCGCAGUAAAAUAGUUGGUGCCCCCAUGCAUGACUUGCUCCUGUGGAAUAAUGCUACGGUGACCACCUGCCACUCAAAGACUGCCAAUCUCGGUGAAGAGGUAAACAAAGGUGAUAUCCUGGUGGUGGCAACUGGCCAGCCUGAAAUGGUAAAAGGGGAAUGGAUCAAACCUGGAGCAAUCGUCAUCGACUGUGGAAUCAAUUAUGUCCCAGAUAAUACAAAAUCAAGUGGAAAGAAAGUUGUGGGCGAUGUGGCGUAUGAGGAGGCCAAAGAGAGGGCAAGCUUCAUCACGCCUGUCCCUGGUGGUGUGGGGCCCAUGACGGUGGCCAUGCUGAUGCAGAGCACAGUCGAGAGUGCACAGCGUUUCCUGGAGAAAUUUAAACCCGGAAAAUGGGCAAUCCAGUAUAACAGCCUUAACCUGAAGACACCUGUUCCAAGUGACAUUGAUAUAUCACGUUCUUGCAAACCAAAGCCCAUUGGUAACUUGGCUCGAGAAAUUGGCCUGCUCUCAGAAGAGGUAGAAUUAUAUGGUGAAACGAAGGCCAAAGUUCUGCUGUCCGCACUGGAGCGCCUGAAGCACCAGCCCGAUGGGAAAUAUGUGGUGGUGACGGGAAUAACUCCAACACCCCUGGGAGAAGGAAAAAGCACGACCACCAUCGGGCUGGUGCAAGCCCUCGGGGCCCACCUCUAUCAGAAUGUCUUCGCCUGUGUGCGACAGCCUUCUCAAGGCCCAACCUUUGGAAUAAAAGGCGGCGCUGCAGGAGGUGGCUAUUCCCAGGUCAUUCCUAUGGAAGAGUUUAAUCUCCACCUCACUGGUGACAUCCACGCCAUCACUGCCGCUAACAACCUCGUUGCUGCAGCCAUUGAUGCUCGAAUGUUCCAUGAACUGACUCAGACAGACAAGGCUCUCUUUAAUCGUUUGGUGCCAUCAGUAAAUGGAGUGAGAAAGUUCUCUGAUAUCCAGAUUCGAAGAUUACAGAGACUAGGCAUUGAGAAGACAGAUCCUACCACGUUGACAGAUGAAGAGAUAAACAAAUUUGCAAGAUUGGAUAUUGACCCAGAAACCAUAACUUGGCAAAGAGUGUUGGAUACCAAUGAUAGAUUCCUGAGGAAGAUCACCAUUGGACAGGCUCCAACAGAGAAAGGAUACACACGGACGGCCCAGUUUGAUAUCUCUGUGGCCAGUGAAAUUAUGGCUGUCCUGGCUCUCACUAGCUCUCUGGAAGACAUGAGAGAGAGACUGGGCAAAAUGGUUGUGGCAUCCAGUAAGAAAGGGGAACCCAUCACUACUGAAGAUCUGGGAGUGAGCGGCGCACUGACCGUGCUGAUGAAGGAUGCAAUCAAGCCCAAUCUCAUGCAGACAUUAGAGGGCACUCCAGUGUUCGUUCAUGCGGGACCCUUUGCCAACAUCGCGCAUGGCAAUUCUUCAAUCAUUGCAGACCGGAUCGCACUCAAACUUGUUGGCCCAGAAGGCUUUGUAGUGACUGAAGCAGGGUUUGGAGCAGACAUUGGAAUGGAAAAGUUCUUUAACAUCAAAUGCCGCUACUCUGGACUCCGCCCUCACGUUGUGGUGCUCGUUGCCACUGUCAGGGCUCUUAAGAUGCAUGGCGGAGGCCCCACGGUCACUGCUGGACUGCCUCUUCCCAAGGCUUACACAGAGGAGAACCUGGAGCUGGUUGAAAAAGGCUUCAGUAACUUGAGGAAACAAAUAGAAAAUGCCAGAAUGUUUGGAGUUCCUGUGGUAGUGGCCAUAAAUGCAUUCAAGACUGAUACCGAGGCUGAGCUGGGCCUCAUCAGCCGCCUCGCCAGAGAGCAUGGGGCAUUUGAUGCAGUCAAGUGCACUCACUGGGCAGAAGGGGGAAAGGGGGCUGUUGCCCUGGCUCAGGCUGUCCAGAGAGCAGCUCAGGCGCCCAGCAACUUCCAACUCCUCUAUGACCUUCAGCUCCCAGUUGAGGAUAAAAUCAGGAUCAUUGCACAGAAGAUCUAUGGGGCAGAUGACAUUGAGUUGCUCCCUGAAGCUCAGCACAAAGUUGAAGUCUACACAAAGCAGGGCUUUGGUAAUCUGCCCAUCUGCAUGGCCAAAACACACUUGUCCUUGUCCCACAACCCAGAGCAAAAAGGUGUACCUACGGGCUUCGUUCUGCCCAUCCGGGACAUCCGUGCCAGUGUCGGGGCUGGUUUCCUGUACCCUUUAGUGGGAACGAUGAGCACAAUGCCUGGCCUUCCUACUCGGCCCUGUUUUUAUGAUAUUGACUUGGACCCUGAGACUGAACAGGUGAAUGGACUGUUCUAAACAGAUCAUCUCUUCUUCAAGAAGCUGCUUUGCAAGUUUGGCCAAUGUCUGUUCAGGCCUGCUGUGAGUAAGGAAGUUUGGAGAAGUUAGAGAAGUCAACUCCUGCCCUGAAAACUAAAAUAAAUCUUCUGGGGGAUUUCCUCAGAAGCCUUUCGAUUACUGCCUUAAUUUUCAUCCUCAUGUAUAAAUUAAUAUAAAUCAUGUUCAUGUCUUGAAUGUAGUGAAGGUCUAUCAAAUAAAAGGAAUGAUUUUGCUAUC